AUGUCGAUGGUAGCCGUCGUCCAUGAAACUGGUAUUACCAGUGGUGCACACUCAUGGUGCGCCACUGAUAUGUACCAGGAGGGUGCGCCGCAGAAUGCCCCAAUGGAAGUUGUUGGCCUUGCAACAGUGAACACUAGACUGGAUGUUUACAUCAGCUUUGCUUUUGUUUCAGGCAAAAGUUCAUUGCCAGUUGAUCUUCUUAGGCCUGUCGAUAAUGAAAAACAUGCAGACGUUGCACACCCAAAUGGGAACCUUUUCAGUGUGCACCCGUUGCCCUUGACCAGGAUUUCUGAUGUACCUGCAGAAUCCUCAAAUGGUUCCGACUCUUUGAAGGAAGAGAAAAACCAAUACUAUCCAGGCAAGGAAAUUAAGCGCAGAAAUAAGCAUAGAAGAAAGCAGUAUGUGGACCAAGAGCCAUGCAUAAUGAGAGGAGUUUAUUUCAAAAACAUGAAAUGGCAAGCUGCUAUAAAAGUUGACAAGAAACAAAUUCACUUGGGCACUGUUGGAACACAGGAUGAAGCGGCCCGGCUAUAUGAUAGGGCAGCUUUUAUGCGUGGAAGGGAGCCAAAUUUUGAACUUUCGGAGGAAGAGAAAAAAGAACUGGACACGUACACAUGGGAGGACUUCCUGGCAAUAACACGCAACACCAUAACCACCAAAAAACAAAGAAAGGAUGGGUCGCCAAGGCGUAACAAAGUGGACUUGUUCAUAGGAGAUACUGAGAUGGUCAAUGGUGGUGGGUCUUCUCAGUCCGGUGAUGGCGAUGUUGAGACAUCGGCUUCUUAAUCGCCACCAGGUCAUGGACACCCAAAUGGAGCGUCCAGUGGAUUCAUUUCGAUAUAAUUUACAUUUAGAUAUUCUUCCCUCUGAAUAAUGAAAUCCAUGUGCAUAAGGCCCUGUGGUCUGAUAAAGGUCAAAGGUUAGAUAAUCAUGCCAUCUCAAAUAAAACCAGAGAUGGUCAAUUAUAGAAGGAAAUUUCGCAAAGCAGUAUCUGUACCGAUUCCAGAGAUGUGUAUAUCUUGUCGAUAGGCUUACCUCAAAUUUACUCAACAUGUAACUAGUUUACCUUAUGAAUUAUCCCUAAAGAAUA